CCCCCUCGGGAAGGCCUCUCCCAGAAGAGACUGGCAUGGAGUCGCUGGGCAGCCCUACAGAGGACGAGCACACAUCCUAGUGAAGGCUCCAUUCUGUCCGAUGACUUCUUGGACACGCCGGAUGAUCUGGAUAUCAAUGUGGAUGACAUCGAAACACCCGACGAGACGGAUUCCCUCGAAUUCCUGGGGAAUGGGAACGAGCUGGAAUGGGAAGAUGACACUCCUGUGGCCACGGCCAAGAAUAUGCCUGGGGACAGCGCGGAUCUGUUUGGGGACGGUGGGACAGAGGAUGGGAGCGCAACCAACGGGCGGCUCUGGAGGACCGUCAUCAUUGGGGAGCAGGAGCACCGCAUCGACCUGCAGAUGAUCAAACCCUACAUGAGGGUGGUGACGCACGGAGGGUACUACGGGGAAGGACUCAAUGCCAUCAUCGUCUUCGCUGCCUGCUACCUGCCAGACAGCAACCUGGCUGAUUACCACUAUAUCAUGGAGAACCUCUUCCUCUACGUGAUCAGCAGCCUGGAGCUGCUGGUGGCUGAGGACUACAUGAUCGUGUACCUGAAUGGAGCAACGCCGCGGAGGAGGAUGCCGGGGCUGGGGUGGCUGAAGAAGUGCUACCAGAUGAUAGACAGACGGCUGCGGAAGAACCUCAAAGCCCUGAUCAUUGUGCAUCCCUCGUGGUUCAUCCGGACGGUGCUGGCUAUUUCCAGGCCCUUCAUCAGCGUGAAGUUCAUCAAUAAGAUCCAAUACGUUCACAGCCUGGAGGAACUGGAGCAGCUCAUCCCCAUGGAGCACGUCCAGAUCCCAGACUGCGUCUCACAAUAUGAAGAAGAGAGGAUCAAGGCCAGGAGAGAAAGGGCAGAAGAGAAACAAGACAUGGCUGAAAGGGAAAGCAGGCCUGUGCCCCCUGCAGAGGAUCAAGAAACCAGCAUGCCAUGAAUCGAGGCAACGUGGGACAAAGGGAGCAGAGAGCAACGCAGCCCAGCACUCCCCCCUGGAAAUGACUUUGGGUAGAAGACCUUUCCACCACCCAGCUCUGAGCUCUGUAAGGUCACGGGGCCUCCCCUAUCUGCACAACGCAAAGUCCUCCAAACUUCUGGAAAACAUUUGACUUUCACCAACAACAACAAGAAGAAAUAUCUCCAAGGAUAGCACUUUUUUUUUUUUUUCAGGAUGGCUUCCAUCAUGUCCAGCAAUGGUCUGCAGAGAGCUCGGAGCAAACAGAGACUCCAUCUCCUCGCAGUGAGCAAAGAGCAUCCCGCAGUCCAUUUGCCACCAGCCCACAGACAGAUCUAUUCUUCUUUUCAAUCCCAGCUCACUGCGACACACUGCUGCCCCAGGGGAUCGCUAAUGCAAGAAAUGAAAAGAGUCCAUUUUCCCCCUUCCUAUGCCUUUAGUUCUCCCCUGUAAAGGCCAAGUGCCCACCGCUCCUCCCAGCCUUGACCUCCGUUCAUCUGCUGCCAGUUCUUAUUAACUCAUAGUGAGCUGUUGCUGUGGGUAGAUGCUGUGUUUUUACCAUACUCAUUCUGCCUCUGUACGGCCCCGAAAGC